UUUCGCGCGCAAGUGCUCGCUCGUGUAUGGUUUGCAGUUGCCGUGCGGUUCUCAAGCGUCAGCCAUGAAUCAGGAAGAGGAAAUUCCGACAAGAGUCACGCGAGGUGCUCUUCGUCGUCGAUCGGUCGACCAAGAAGCGACACCACAAAAAGCUAUCGGCACGGUCACAGCUGGAGGAACACCAAAAAAAGGGACCAGUGCAGCCAAAAAACCUACGGCGCUGAACGUGAUUCAGGAGAGCGAUGGGGCAAAACCGGCAAGCCCCGGCAGUGGACGUAACACACGUCGCCGUGCAUCAGAAUCGGUAGACACGCCGACGACGGUAGGUAAGACCAAUAAAACGGUUCAAGCACUAAAAGAAUCGGAAAAGUCCGACGGAACAGGAGGUCGAUCGCGAAAUUCUUCGCUCAGUGAAGAAAAUGUAAAAGCAUUCAACGCUGGGCUGGAAGAUGUUGGCCACUUGACCCGUUCCCGAACUCCAGUUCGCCUGCGACCGUCACAGGAGACAUUCACAAGCACUCCGCAGUCAGUACCGGCUGCUGUACGCCGCUCUGCGCGUCGCAAUAGUGUAACGUCUGACGAUGGUGGUGCUUCAGUACAAUCACUCCCGAUUAGCACUUCGAAAGUGGCCGGUGCUUUGCGCACUCGGAAAGAUGAUACCAUCAUUGAAGAAGAAACUGGCAAUGAAGGGUCGGUUUCUUCUGAAAAUUCUCGUCGAAGUUCUAACGCUCGACUAAAUUCGCCUCAGAUUACCGUAGACUCACCGAGUCCACAGAAGCGUGACUUGGAAAAAGGCGCACUUUCUCGAGGAGCGUCCAAGUCGCCAAGAUUUGGCUCUUCUCUUAGAUUGUCCAAUGCAUCGCCUCGCUCAAAGAACGUUUCGUUUAGUGAACUGUCCCAGCCAGAAAACAAUCAGAGCUCUUAUCCUAAAACUCCGAUUACGACGGACAAGAGAAUGGUUCUGUUGCUGACAGAUUUGCGCGAUACUUCUCUACUAACUCGAGAACCGAAAGUUAACGACAUAAUCACUAUCCCAAGAAAGCAUCAGGAGAUAACGGGCGCGAAAAUGAAUGUCGAUCAAAACACGUCGGAUGGUAAAGUCAAUAAAGAGAAGGCCAAUCUUGCUGUCAUAUCUGAUCCGGUUGUACCACAAAGCGAAAGAGAUGAUAAUGAAUCAAGUGCGGGAACUACCAUUCGUAACAAUAUGGUUGCUGAACGCGCCACGGAAGAUCGAAAUGAAAUAAGCGGCGUCGAAGCUUUGGAUUCGUCCCUGCCCGCAGUUCAAUCGACGGAGAACACCAAAAACAGCGACUCAUACUCGAACGCUUGGUGCCAAUCUGUUUGCGGUAGCAGUACUAAAGGUAUCGAUGGAUUCAGCGUGCAGAAACAGGAAGCAGAAAAACAGUUGAUGAAACAACAGGAAGAAAUGUCUGCUAAACCAACAAGAUCUUCGUUGAAAGGUGAUACGAACCGUCACCAAACCACUACCACUAUAGACACAACCGAUGAAGAUGAAGCUGAGCAGGAGGAAGAUGAAGAGGAAAAUACCAGCAAAAGUUUCAUAGACAAUGAAGCAAUAGAGAUGGAAUGCUACCAAUCAGGCGAUUCGUUGGACGAUGAGACGCGACGCGAAAUGGAGGAAAAUGAGAUACCAGAACAUGGAGAGGAUCUCGGUAGUGAAGAUACGGAGGAAGGUAUCGAUCAAGAGGAAUCGGAUGAGAAAGAUUCAUUUGUCGUAUCGGAUGAUGAUAUUGAUGAGGAACUAGAAAUAGAGCUGCUCGAGGGAACAGAUGAAGCUUCCAGCAUAGCUGAUGAUAGCCCCAAGAAAGCUCAUGAAGAUGCUCAUCCUAAAACAUCUCCCAAAAUAGAUGCGGAAGUCAAUUCUCCCUUGGCGGGGAGUCCUGUGGUUGUUGGCUCACCAAAAUUACAAGAGGAAGUAGCACUCGAGCAGUCGGUGCCGAAUGAGGAAAGUGUAGUUGUUUCAGCCGUACAAGAACUGGUCAAGGAUCAUUCGACAUGCACACCGGACACGUUGGAUGUCGAAGCAGCGGUCGUCCGAUCCCCGAAAUUGACCAAAGAUCGAACUACCAUAGCAUCACGCAAAAGCCUCCCGGAUCCCAUUACAAUUACAAUUACAUCCAAAAGUAGUGUGCACAUGUUUGGAAACACAUUACGCAAAAGCCUCCCGGUUGGUGUCAAGGAUCGCAGCUUAGAGGAAAAAGGCGGUAAACUAACAGACUUGAACCAUUCCGUAGAAAGCUGUUCAGGAAAUAAUGCAGGCGAAAACAAUAAGAGCAACAAGUCCCCUGAUAUUACUGUGGCAGAAGACGUAAAUGAUACGAUGGCUUCUCACCAGCAACCAGCAGAAGAGUUUGAUCAUAAAACGAUUGGUGCAGGUGACAAGAUAACGGAUGAAGUGACGCCCAAGAAGGAUUUUAUCGACAAAAAAGAACACCCCAAAAAAUCGAUGCCCAACGCUACGCUUGUAUCCUCGUUGUUCUAUCUCGGUGGAGCAAAAAAAGCGACACGCAACAACACUACGGGAGGCGAUGAUACUGGUGGCACCUCUGUGCCACAACAGAUGGACGUGAAAAAGUCGAAGCGCCCCGGGGCUAUGCUCGCCAAUCCUUUCGCUACGGAUAAAUCAACGACCCGUCGGUCGACAGGGUCAUUAGGUGGUCCGAAAAAAAAGAUAAAGGCUGAAAACAGUCGUGGCUCGUUGCCGGCGAAACUGAACGAGGAUGAUGCGAAAGAGAAAUUAAUCGAAAACGUUGAUAAAACAUCCAAUGCAACUCAACUGCAACCAGAAAGCCAAUCUCUGGAGCUUGGAGAUGGAGGUGACGCUGUUCAUCGGGUGCCGGAUGCCGUGAAUAGUGGCAAUGCUGAGGAUUCCGGUGAAAAGGAAAAGAUUAAAACAAUGAAGGUGACAAAGCCGUUGGAAGCUUACGAUCUGGACUCCAUUCUCAGUCGUUGUAACGAAGUGGUUCGCGCAAACAAAGAGCGGAAGAAAGUAAACGCCACAGCAUUGCAGAAAAAGAAGGAUGAGAAGAAACUUCGGCGAGAACAAAAGCCCAAUAUUGGUCCAAAGGAUGUUACGGGUGGCGCACAGGAAGAUGAUAACAAGCAACAUUCUAGCCAUAUGAUGCCUGACGACGAAGCGGAUGAUACAAACAACAAAUCCGUUUCUACUGGCAAUGAUUCCACGGAGCAGCACUCGUUGAACGAAGCAAAAAAGAAAAAGAAAAGGAAGCAGAAGGUGAAGAACUACUUGUUGGAUGAGCUUUCUGCGAUUAAGAAAGACAGUGUGGCACGUGCCUUACAGCACAAGCUCGAGCAGAUCAAGAUACGUAAACAAGCGAAAAAGGAGCGUCGUGAAGCGAGGCAGAAUUUAUUAAACAAAGAGAAUGGUAACUCUACCGGAACGAAGACAAAUACCGAAGGAAUUAAAGCAAAGCUGGAGAAAGCCAAACGUAAUCAACUAAAAGAAACAAAUGCAAAGAAGUUGGAAAGUAAUUCACAACAAGUACCAGGGGCUACGGAGAAAAAGUUGAAAAUACGUGCUGCUGUAUCGGCGUUUGCAGUGUUUCAGGGCGACAAUCCACGCUCAAUGACCACAUUCAUGGAGAACAACGAAACGAAUGUACGGCGAGUUCCAAGUGGGCAAGAGAAGCAGGAAGAUUCACCGCAUCUGAUCAAAGAGGAAACUUAUGUCUCAAAAAAACCGACCGUCAGCGAAGAAUUAACCGACAUACGUGACUCUUCAAAACAGGACAUUAAAAGCAAGCCUAAAACUAAAGGAUCACUGGCCGAUACCCGUCCAACCAAGAUGAAACGCCAUGUUCCUGAGAACGAGUCGAUCGAUAGUACAGUUAAUCGAGAACUACAAAAACAGCUCCGUCGGCAAAAGGAAAGUAAGAAUGACGGGGCAGAAGUGGAAAGAACAUCACAUUUGGCUAAGCCAAAAGUGAAACGGUCCGUUCAGAAGAAGGUAAACGGAAACCAGGAGUGUAAUGAAAAAGCCCUGGCUGGCUCUGAAGAUUCUGUCAAAAAAUUACUUAAAAACGACAAAAAGAUUGGUGGCACCCAAUCUCUGGUUUCGGUUGUUUCCACUGCACUAACUGCCUUCAAUCAAACCAUGGUUGCCAAUAGUUUGAAAGAAAAGAAAAAGAGUAAACCAUUACGAGAUAACCAUCAGCGGCAGACGGAUUCCGAAGCCGAUGACAUUACAAAACUCAAACGAAAGCGCUUUUCCGAGGAAAGUACUUCGCCAACACCGUCGCAACCUGCGAAAUUACCCAAAUUGAAGGCUUUGCAGCGCUUGGCACAGGGCUUUGUUGAGCAAACCGUUACACCGGAAAAAGAACGUAUGAAGCGAAACUUUGGUUUCGUCGAAUGUCAAGCGACACCAAAAGCCAUCGGGUUCAAGGUUCAGUCCGUGCUACCAACGGAAGCAGAAGAGCUGCGAGUGCUGCAAGGGGAUGGCAGCAAGAAGACAACUGGAGGCCGCAAAAAAAAGGGAAAAUCUGGCACGAGUCUUGCCACACAGUCGAACCGCAGUCUUCCGCUACCAAUUUGGACUAGUUCCGGAUUUUUCAUUGAAGACGACAUCGGCACGGAUAAAACCAUCGCCUCGAAGCGAGGACGAAAAGCAAACGCAAGUGUAACCGAUAGUUCCAGCAGUUAUAAAAAUGUAAAGGGACAUAGAGGUUUCAAACUUAAGACGCUUCGAGAACCAUCAAACGGAACUGCGGAAAAUCCGCCUACGAAGCCAUAUCUCAUCGACAGCGCCAUCGUGCCAGAUUCGGUAGUCAACUUUAAGCGGCAACAGCUGCUAGAAAAGACGACUCACCUGCGCGAGAAGCAAAAGAAGGUUGGCAGCGUUUAAAUCCAUUUUGGGACACUUCGGACGUGUGUGUCCAUGCUUUCUUUUUUUUCAUUUUCUUGUUAGCAUUUUACGGUAGAUUAAAGAUGUCUGUGUCCAAUCUGCGUUUUUCUGUGCACUUAGCGUAAC